AUGUCAUCGUCAUCAUCAAUCCCAUCAUUAAUCUCAUCCUCACUCCUAAGAAAAACAAACACCAUCACCAAACCUUUCUCCACCACAAACAUAAACCCUAGAAAACCUCUCCCUGUCAUCAACAACACCGUCACCAUGUCGAGUCUUUCCUCAAACAACGACAACAACACACCCGACUACCCUGCUAAAGCCCCGCCCGAAAUUCCAAUCAUACCCAAAACCGAACCAUCUUCUGUUCCUAAAGAGAAUCCCACUAUUCCAACACCUAAACCCGAAGUAGACCCGGAGGUUCCACCGGAAAUAGUUACUAAUCCUCCUGAGUUCAUUCCGUUUCCAAAUCCGAAACCGAAACCGGAUGGUCCGAAACCUCCUCUAUCUCCUCCGGGACAGGAUACGCCGUUCCCGAUACCUGAUGUUGUACCGCCUCAGCCACCUGAGGUUGUUCCUCCGCGUCCUCCUAGACCGGAUAUUGUUCCGCCGCCAUCUACUCCACCGCCGCCAACAGGACCAACCAUCAUUACGUAG